AUGGAGACUACGAGUACGUUGGUAACAUCACCAUCGGCACACCCAACCAGCAGUUUGUCGUCGUGCUCGAUACUGGCUCAGCCAAUCUCUGGGUACCAGAGACCGCUUGCGACACUUCCUGCAAUAAGAAGGCCAAAUUCGUCGCGGGUUCCUCAAGUACCUUUGUGUCGAGCACAACCGCGUGGACAAUCACUUAUGGAUCUGGUGAUGCUAAGGGAGUGCUUGGUACCGAUACUGUCAAGACCACUUGGACCGGCAUCCUCGGUCUCGCCUUCACGUCACUUGCUGUCGACGGUGUUGUGCCUCCUCUUAUCAAUGCAAUCAAUCAAGGACUCCUGGACCAGCCGCUGUUCACCGUAUGGAUGGAGCAUCGUGGAAGUCUCGAAGGAGCCCCUGGAGGUAUUUUCACUUAUGGAGCUAUUGACACGAAAAACUGUGGGCCAAUCACUGCCUACCAGCCACUUUCUUCUGCAACUUACUUCCAGUUUAAGAUGGCCGCCAUUGGCAUGGGAUCUUACAAGACCACCAAGACAUACGAAGUGA